ACAACUAGCCGGUCCGGUAUCCGCAGUAGAACGAUAUGGUUAUUCAACAACGCUAUGGAGCUUCACGAGCCAAUGUCCACCUUGUACUAGACCCAGCAUGUGGGACGUAUGUAGCUACAGGACGCAGCGCGAGGAGUCCCGGGCCAAUCAGAUGCUGUCAGUCCAGCGUGGCUUGCAUAUCAAGACAAGAUCGCUCAUGCUUGGGCCGUUGCCAGACUUGCGGGCAAUAGCACCAGAAGCUGAAUGCUCGUUGCGCAUGAGCUUCAUCGGACUUUCGGUACGAAGGUUUGCGCUUCAGUCUCGGCCGGCUCGCUCGGGCGACGUGCCUCCGGAAGCUUGCUCGAUAGGUCCGGCGUGCUCAAAGUGUUGUGUAACGCAUCACGUGAGCAGAACCUGGACAUAGUGAAGCUGGAGUCCGCUAGUU